CUGGAAGCUGGCGGGUGCCGCUGUUUAGGAAAGAAGCUAGAGCCCUUCCAGAGCCUGUCCGGAGCUCAGAGGCUGGGAAGACUUAUCGACCAUGGAGCGCGCAUCCUGCUUGUUGCUGCUGCUGCUGCCGCUGGUGCACGUCUCUGCGACCACGCCAGAACCUUGUGAGCUGGACGAUGAAGAUUUCCGCUGCGUCUGCAACUUCUCCGAACCUCAUCCCGACUGGUCCGAAGCCUUCCAGUGUGUUUCUGCAGUCGAGGUGGAGAUCCGUGUCGGCGGUCUCAGCCUAGAGCCGUUUCUAACGCGCGUCGAUCCCGACGCCGACCCGCGGCAGUAUGCUGACACGAUCAAGGCUCUCCGCGUGCGGCGGCUCACAGUAGGAGCCGCACAGGUUCCUGCUCAGCUACUGGUAGGCGCCUUGCGUGUACUAGCGUACUCCCGCCUCCAGGAACUGACGCUCGAGGACCUAGAGAUAACCGGCACCAUGCCUCCCCUGCCUCUGGAAGCCACAGGGCUUGCACUCUCCAGCUUGCGCCUACACAACGUGUCGUGGGCGACAGGGCGUUCCUGGCUCGCCGAGCUGCAGCAGUGGCUCAAGCCCGGCCUCAAGGUACUGAGCAUUGCCCAAGCACACUCGCCUGCCUUUUCCUGCGAACAGGUUCGCGCUUUCCCGGCCCUCACCAGCCUAGACCUGUCUGACAAUCCUGGACUGGGCGAACGCGGACUGAUCGCGGCUCUCUGUCCCCACAAGUUCCCGGCCCUCCAGAAUCUAGCGCUGCGCAACACAGGAAUGGAGACGCCCACAGGCGUGUGCGCUGCACUGGCGGCGGCAGGUGUGCAGCCCCACAGCCUAGACCUCAGCCACAACUCGCUGCGCGCCACCGCAAACCCUAGCGCUCCGAGAUGUAUGUGGUCCAGCGCCCUAAACUCCCUCAAUCUGUCGUUCGCUGGGCUGGAACAGGUGCCUAAAGGACUGCCGGCCAAGCUCAGAGUGCUCGAUCUCAGCUGCAACAGACUGAACAGGAGGCCGCGGCCUGACGAGCUGCCCCAGGUGGAUAACCUGGCACUGGACGGAAAUCCCUUCCUGGUCCCUGGAACUGCCCUCCCCCAAGAGGGCUCAAUGAACUCCGGCGUGGUCCCAGCCUGUGCACGUUCGACCCUGUCGGUGGGGGUGUCGGGAACCCUGGUGCUGCUCCAAGGGGCCCGGGGCUUUGCCUAAGAUCCAGGAGAGAAUAAUGAAUGGGCUCAAACUGCCUUGGCUUCAGGGGCGUCCCGUCAGGACGUUGAGGACUUUUCGACCAGCUCAACCCUUUGCCCCAUCUUUAUUAAAAUCUUAAACAAUG